AUGGUUACUAACCGGCCGCUCUCCUUCUCCGUCGCAAUUUACCGCUUCCACAACCAUUCCACCUCUUUCCUUAUCUCUUCUAAAUCAUCUUCUCCGCCUUAUGUCUCCUCCCCUGCCAAGAGGCCUCUCGUUCUUCGCAUACCCUGCCGCGUCCUCGCCGGAUCUUAUCUUCUUCGGGACGUCGGAGCCACCGCGGGGGUACUCGCCGGCGCCUACGGUCUCGUACUCACUUUCGAUACUCUCACCCGCCGACAGAUUAUCCAGCAGAUCUACCGCCGGAUCCUACGGGAUUACCCAGCUCAUCGAGAGGCUUGCGAAUCCAUUGACGGAGGAGGAAUCGCUCUCUGGUACCACCGGCCGCGGCUGGCCUUCCUCGGAUUAUUUCAUCAAAGUUUGGCUUCCAUGGUGAUUGGUUGGAUUACCCUUACGGCAAAAUGA